AUGCACAAUGCUUGGACUUGCCGUGUACGUGGCUUCAAACACAACCUUGAUCCGUAUCAUGAGCUCGCUGUAUAUGCCGGAGCCCAUCGUCUUCAUUGGCUCGGCAAAGAUCUCUUAAGUCGUCCCGGAAAGAGGCCCGAACAGAAAGAGUCGCACUUCGACGCAGCACGUCGCUCCCCUCGGAGCUCUUUCAGCGUCACUGAUCUACCACGACCGAUACGUAGGAGACACCAAAAGGAGUGGACAGGCAAAUGUCAAAUCAGAGAACCGUCCUGCUCGAUCCGGAUGAAGCUCCUCAUCUUCAUCGUCCACCUGAUCGUCGCCACCCCCGCCUUCCUCGACGCCAGCAACGCGCUCAAUGUGCCUCCAACAUAG